AUGCCGGAUGCCAGGACUCUCCUUCUGUUCGGGCCUGGGGCCAUGUCCUUGGAUGAGCCAUACUUCAGUCGUAUCAUCUCAUUCGUGAAAGGUGAUGCCACCAGCCAGUGGGCUCUCCAUGCUAUUGAGGAUAUCGAGAAAUGCUGGGCUUCUCUAUGCGAAUCGAUUCCGAAAUUGCAACAGACUCCAGGAGUGAGCCACGCGCAAAAGCUGGCCGAAUGGCUUCGGACGGGAGUCAUCACGCCGCAAUCAACCGUUGCCAAUCUACCCAAUGCAAUUCUUGGGCCGCUCGUCAUCAUAGCCCAACUGGCCGAAUAUCUUCAGCAUGUGAACUCGUUCUGUCCAUCCGGACUCGGGGACGGACAUGGGUUUCAGGUGCCUUCACCUGCGCAGACCGAAACACUUGGCUGCUGCCUUGGUGUGUUCAGUGCCCUAGUAGUGUCUGCAAGCUCGUCCUGGGCGCAGUUCUGCCACAAUGCCGCAGCAGUGCUUCGCAUAGUCUUCGUACUAGGAGCACUGUCUGACGCGCAGGAUGCAUCUGACGCAGCAGGGCCGUCUCUCUCCUUGAUAGCAUUUUGGAGAGGGGGGCAAUCAGUGGCCGAGCUGAAGAAGGCUUUGGACCGGUUUCCGGAGGCCUACAUCUCCGUAUCAUAUGACGACAAUCGUGUGACGGUGACAACGUCUACACGCACUGCUUCCGCCCUGAAGAGCCAUCUCCAGAGUGCCGGCAUCACAGCCACCGAAACCGAGUUUCAUGGUCGCUUCCACGCAGGAUCGCUUUACGAAAACGACCUUCAGGCUUUGUCUGCUUUCUGCAAAAGACUCCCCACCUUUCAACUCCCAGAUGCUUCUUGUCUCGUCUUGCCGACACGCGUCAACUCGGAGGAUGUUAUCACUGGCGGGGAAAACCUCCUUGAAGUAGCUUCACGCGCAUUCCUCGUACAACAGUUCAACUGGAUCAAAACCUUCCGCGCUGCUGUUUCCAGUUCGCUACAGGACAGAAGCUCUCGCGUGAUCGAGUUUGGACCGGAACGAUGUGUCCCGCCGACGCUCCUCCGGCGACUGAAUAGCCAAGUCACCCACUUCGACCUUGAGCACAGCAUUAGCAGCCGCGGAAGUGGUUCCAGCCCAGCCCCGGCACCCGUAGCCGCCGGAGUAGCUGAGAAUGAUAUUGCUGUCAUUGGCAUGUCCUGCAACGUGGCAGGAGCCCCGGACUUGGAGCAGUACUGGAAGAUCCUGCUGGAAGGCAAAUCGCAGCACAGGGAACUUGUGCCCAACGAUCGCUUCGUCAUGGAGACUACUUUCCGCCCCUACGAAGAGGGUGACGAGAAGAAGAAAUGGUACGGCAACUUCAUUGACGACCAUGAUGCCUUUGACUACAAGUUCUUCAAGAAGUCUCCACGCGAGGUCCUUCAUAUGGAUCCACAGCAGAGGCUCAUUCUGCAGACGGCGUAUCAGGCCGUCGCGCAGUCAGGGUAUUACCACAAAUCCAAAUCCGAUGAGCGUAUUGGGUGCUACAUCGGCGUUGUUGCCAAUGACUAUGAGAACAAUAUCUCGCAUACCUCGCCGACAGCCUUUUCGGCCACAGGCGCCCUGCGCAGCUACAUUGCUGGAAAGGUGAGCCAUUACUUUGGCUGGACGGGACCCGGCAUGACAGUCGAUACGGCGUGCUCAGCAUCAACCGUCGCCAUCAACCUAGCAUGCCAGGCUAUCCUGAGCGGCGAAUGCACGGCAGCUUUGGCUGGCGGAACCAACUUUUAUAGCACGCCUAUGUUCUUCCAGAAUCUGGCCGCAGGGUCUUUCCUCAGCCCUACCGGGCAGUGUAAACCUUUUGACGCGAAGGCAGACGGGUACUGCCGGGGCGAGGCUAUCGGAGCUGUCUUUCUCAAGAAAUUGACGGACGCCGUCGCCGACGGUGACCAGAUUCUGGGCGUCAUCUCGGCCACCGCCAUCAACCAGAACCAGAACAGCACGCCGAUCUUUGUCCCCAAUCCACGCUCUCUGUCCGAUGUCUUCCGCACUGUCAUUGCCAAAUCCGGCUUGCAGAUCAAAGACAUCUCGGUCGUCGAGGCCCAUGGGACGGGGACCCCUGUGGGUGAUCCGGCCGAGUACGACAGCAUCCGCCAGGUCUUGGGGGGUUCAGUUCGCCAAGGCCUAAAGCCUUUGCAGAUUGGCUCCGUCAAGGGUCUGAUCGGUCACACUGAGGGCGCCUCCGGGGUUGUAGCGCUGAUCAAGAUACUGCUGAUGAUGCAUGAAGGCCACAUCCCCCCGCAAGCCAGCUUCACUUCCAUGAACCCUGCUAUCAAGGCUUUGCCAUCUGACAACAUGGAGGUAACCAAAGCGUCCAUUCCCUGGACAGAGGAUUUCAAAGCAGCGCUCAUCAACAAUUACGGAGCAGCCGGCUCGAAUGCUUCGAUGGUCGUGAAGCAGGGGCCGAAGCCGGUCGGGGAGAAGAGGGAGAUGUUAACGUCCUCCAGUUCGUCCUUCAAGUGUCCGUUCUAUAUUUCUGGGCUUGAUGACAACAGCAUACGAGCCUACACUGCAAGACUGCGCCAAUCCAUUAAUGCGAAAGUGAUCUCCGGAGACCGCCUUGGAAUCGAGAACCUGGCAUUUAAUGUGAAUCGACAGUCCAAUUGGUCCCUUGGACGGGGUCUCGUCGUUGCUGCCGCGUCUAUCGACGAAUUGGACCAAAAGCUGACAUCUUUCGAGACUUUCGCGGCACCAGCCCCCCGACCCGUCAUACUAUGUUUUGGGGGCCAGGUAGCCAAGUUCGUUGGACUGGACCGUGAGGUCUUUGACAAAGCAACCGUCCUGCGUCAGCAUCUCGACCGGUGUGACAAUGUCUGCAAGUCUAUUGGUGCCGGUAGCAUCUAUCCCGGCAUCUUCCAACGCGAGCCAAUCAACGAUCCAUCCGUGCUUCAGCCGCUUCUGUUCGCCAUUCAGUAUUCGUGCGCGAUGAGCUGGAUCGACUGCGGCGUUGAACCAGCGGCCCUUGUCGGUCACUCGUUUGGGGAACUCACUGCGCUCUGUGUUUCGGGGGUCUUGACUAUGGAAGACGCUCUGAAGAUGGUCCAUGGCCGGUCCAAGAUAAUCAGAGACAGUUGGGGCCCUGAAAAGGGCGCCAUGAUCGCAGUCGAGGCCGAGUUAGCGGAUGUCGAGGACUUAUUGGCGGCUUCAAAUGCCCGCCUGGGUGGAGAUGAAAGCGCAGGCAGGGCGACUGUUGCAUGUUUCAACGGUCCCAAGAGCUUCACGCUUGCUGGGUCGGUCGCUGCGAUUGAUGCUGUGCAACAGGAGAUCUCGACGCGGAAUGCAACAAAGCCUGUCCUAAAACACAAGAGGCUGGAUGUGACCAAUGCCUUUCAUUCUGUGCUGGUUGAGCACUUAAAGCCGGGUUUGGAGGCUCUGGGUGAGAAGCUGAGUUUUGGUCAGCCCAGGAUCCAGCUCGAGAGAGCAACCCAGGAGCGCGACACCAGUCCUCUCUCGGCGGCCUAUGUUGCCGAGCACAUGAGACAGCCGGUCUAUUUCAACCAUGCUGUCCAAAGGCUCGCAAAGCAGUAUCCGGAAGCCAUCUGGUUAGAGGCCGGCUCCAACUCUACCAUCACAACCAUGGCAGGCAGAGCCCUCAGCAUGCCAAAAAGCUCGACUUUCCAGCCAAUAAAUGUGACAAACGGCAGUCAGGGGUUGCAACAACUCGUCGAUGCAACCAUGAGCCUAUGGAAGGCCGGUUUGCGUGUGUCCUUCUGGCCACACUCGCGGGUACAGACCUAUGAGUACGCACCCAUCAUCCUCCCGCCAUACCAAUUUGAGAAGCAUCGACACUGGCUGGAAUUCAAGCCGCCCUUGAAACAGGUCGUCGGCGAGGCCAGCACUGCUGCUGUCGAGGUGGAAGCGCCGCCCACCGGUCUCUUCACCUUCCGGGGCUACCGAGAUAAAGGCGAAAAGGAGUGUCAGUUCCGGAUCAACACUACCGUAAAAGAAUACGUGGAUGUUGUCACGGGACACGUAAUGGGGAAGACAGCGCACACAUGCCCAACCAUAUUCGAAAUAGACCUGGCAUUACGGGCCCUCACGAGCAUUCGUCCGGAACUGGCCGAGGCCAACAAGUUGCAUCCUCAAGUCUACAAUGUUGUGAACCUGUGUCCCAUCGUUGCGAAUUCAUCAAGAACCCUAUUCCUUGAUUUCGAGCGCGUCGGCACUGAACCUACCAGCUGGCACUUCAAAUUCACCAGCAAGCUCGACGGCGCUGGGGAAGCCGUGCACCUGAGCGGACAAAUCUACUUCGUGCCUCUUGAUGACUCUCGGACCCGUCUCGAGUUCAGCAGGUUCGGGCGUCUCGUGACACAUGAACGAUGUCUCCGAGCCUUGGAAAGCAGUGACGACGCCGAGGAGGUGAUUCAGGGACGGAGUAUCUACAGGGUCUUCUCCGAUAUUGUUGACUACGGGGAGAGAUUCCGGGUUCUGCGGAAGCUGGUUGGGCGUGCCAACGAGUCGGCCGGCAGGGUGGCGCACAGACGGUCCGGCGAGAGUUGGCUCGAUUUCGUCCUAGGCGAGGCUCUUGCCCAGGUUGGUGGCAUCUGGGCCAACUGUAUGGCUCCAGACCGGCGAGCCACAGAUGAUACCGUCUACAUUAUCAGUGGGUUUGAGCAGUGGAUGAGGUUUCCGCAAGUUCUCCAUCAAAACCAUCAAAAGGAGUGGGAUGCCCUGGCAGUGCAUAAGCGCAGCGAAGCAGGGGAGUUCUUGACGGACAUCUUUGCCUUUGAUCCAAUGUCCGGGGAACUCGAAGAGGUCAUACUUGGCAUCCGAUACACACCAGUUCCAGUAGGAGAGAUACUGGCGAACUCUACUGUGGCUGCUACACCUAUGGCAAAUAGUCGCGCUGUUACGGAAUCGCUUGUGAUGCCUAUGACAGCAACUGCUCCAAGGCGCACCCCAGCCGAGUACGAUACUUCUCAGCCCCAGCCACAUCAGCCAGCAGUGAAGCCUGCAGCCCAUGCCAACAGUCGCAAGAACAUCAAGGCUGAUCUUUGGUUGAAGCUACUGCCCGUUCUGGCAGACAUCUCUGGCCUCGAGCCAGAGGAAAUCAACGAGACCGAUACCCUUGCCGACAUCGGAAUAGACUCACUUAUGGGUAUGGAGAUGGCGCGCGACCUCGAGACCACCUUCAAUUGUACUUUCGAACAGUCUGAGCUUAUGAGCAUCUUUGAUGUGCCAGGCGUUCUCAGUUUCCUCCAGUCUACGCUUGGUUAUCAGGAUGAGGAUAGUGACUCCGAGUCCUCGGGCAUGUCAUCUUCGCAGAACAGCCGCUCCUCCAGCGAUGCCGACUUGCCUUCAACGCCAAACUCGAUGGAGGAAUAUGCGGAAACAUACGAUGUUUCUGACAAGUCCAUCGAUCUGCCAACGGCUGCUAUCCUUGAGACGUUCCGCGAGUCUAAAGCACAAACAGACUACUUCCUCAAGAGCCGUGGGUGCGCGGGAUACCUUGAUGGUGUGUCCCAGAAGCAGACAAGGUUGUGCCUGGUGCUCACCAGUGAGGCGUUCAAGCAGCUGGGUUGCGAUCUCGAGACGGCCAAGCCCGGUGAAGUCCUGCAGCCCGUUCCCUUCGUCGCCCGGCACCAGCGAUUCCACGAAUACCUCUACAAGAUGUUGGAAGAGACCAGGAUUAUCGACGUCGACAACGGUGUCAUCACACGGACCGCCAUCCCCCUUCCCUCGCUGAGCGCCGAUGCCCUUCUCGAAGACCUGAUGCGACACCAUGCGGACAAUGGGUCUUCGCACCAGCUCACAUAUAAUGUUGGCUCCAGAAUGGCAGAUGUCUUGUCAGGCAAGGCCGACGGCCCGCAGCUAAUCUUCGGGGAUGCGAAGAACCGAGAACUCGUGGCUAAUUUCUACGGCGAACUACCGUUCAACAAGCUAUACUUUGAGCAGAUGGCCGACUUUCUCACCCGGCUGGCGACGAAGAUGAGGCUUGCAUCCCAAAAUCGGACGACUCUAAAGAUCUUGGAGAUGGGAGCCGGAACGGGCGGCACGACAAAGGUGCUCGUUCCAGUACUGGCGAAGCUUGGAAUACCUCUCGAGUACACCUUCACCGAUCUUUCGCCAUCUCUCGUGGCCCAAGCCAGGAGGAAGUUCAAACAGUACCCAUUCAUGAAAUUCGCUGUGCACGACAUCGAACAGCCUCCUUCCGAUCCAGAACUCGUGGGCUCACAACACAUCGUCAUCGCCAGCAAUGCCGUGCACGCCACCCAUUCACUUAGGGUCUCAGCCCAGAACAUCCGCAAGUUUCUGCGACCAGACGGCUUCCUUAUGCUCCUCGAGAUGAUGGGGACGCUGCACUGGGUUGAUGUCGUCUGGGGUACCCUUGAGGGCUGGUGGCUGUUUGACGAUGGUCGGACCCAUGCCAUCGUAGACGAAAAGCGCUGGCAGAACGAGCUUCUUGCGGCCGGUUACAAACAUGUGGAGUGGACAGAUGGGAAGUUGCCCGAAGUGCGCGUUCAAAGGGUUCUGAUUGCGUUGGCAGCCGAUGCCGAACAAGACCUCGAAGGUCUGGGUGGUCCCGUUACACAUCUACCAGGAACAGAGGAUGGCCACCAUCUAUCUGACGAGGACAUGAAAGCCCGAAAGGUCGCCGCGGACGACUACGUGAAACAUACAUCAGAAGGCUUCACAAUCCCCGAGUACUCUGGACCUCCCCUACCUUCUGCCUGUGCCAAAUGCGUUCUCGUAACAGGGACAACUGGAAGCCUCGGCAGCCACAUUGUAACACACCUCGUCAGCCUCCCGUCGGUCGACACCGUGUACUGCCUCAACCGUCACGGAACGCCCCCAGGUGGUGCGAGAUCCAGGAGAGACGCCACGGCAGCCGACGACUAUAGCCCACUGCGCCGCCAGAUCCAAGCGCUCGAAUCCAAGGGCAUCCAUCUGGACGCAUCUAUGCUGGCCAAAUUGAAAGUGAUCGAGACAGACUCUUCGAAACCGCGACUCGGCCUGGACGAGGCCCAGUACAACCAGCUGCUGGACCACGUGACGCACAUCAUCCACAACGCCUUCCCCGUCAAUGGCCUGCGAUCCCUCAAGCAAAACGAGCCGCAAUUCGCCACCAUGCGCAACCUCAUCGACCUUGCUGCAGGCGUAUCCGCACGCCGCAAGCCCAACCCGGAAAGCGACUUCAAAUUCACCUUCCAGUUCAUAUCAUCUCUCUCCGCAGUAGGCAUGUAUCCAUCCGUACACGAUGGCGAGCAGCAAGUGCCCGAGGAACCCUGCGACAUCGACAGCGCCCUUCCCAACGGCUACGGAGGCGCCAAGAUGAUCUGCGAACGCGUCCUGCAAGACACUCUCGGUCGCUCUCCGGACCGCUUCCGCGCCAUGACCGUUCGACUGGGCCAGUUGUCUGGCUCUGCGAAGACGGGAUACUGGAAUCACAUGGAAGUCCUCGGCUUCUUGUUCAAGUCGGCACAGACACUGCGGGCCUUUCCGGCGGUGCGGGGGGUGCUCUCAUGGCUGCCUCUGGAGGACGCCUCGGCAGUGUUGGCGGACCUACUCCUGCGCGAUGCACCCGACUGCCACCCCGUCUACCACGUGGACAACCCAAUGCGGAAGCAGUGGGAGGAGAUGACCCCCGUGCUGGCCGAUGCGCUUGGCGUGCCGCAGAAGGGGAUUGUGCCGCUUGAGGAGUGGCUCAGACGGGUGCAGGCGUAUCCGGGCGAGAACCCGUGGGAUAACCCGGCGGCAAAGGCUAUAGACUUCUUUGAGCACAAGUUCGAGCACAUGUCGUGUGGUGGAGUAACUAUGGCUACGGAUAAKGCGAGGGAGCACUCGCUGACUCUGCGAGAUGUCCAGCCGGUGAGUGAUGAGUUGGUCAGAAAAUACGUCGAGGCUUGGAGGAGCAGUGGAUUCUUGCGUUGA